AUGGCUGAAAGGAACGUCCUGCUUAAGAACCUGAAACAUCCUUUCCUGGUGGGCCUGCACUAUUCAUUCCAAACUGCAGAAAAACUCUACUUUGUCCUAGACUACGUCAAUGGAGGAGAGCUUUUCUUCCACUUACAAAGAGAGCGUUCCUUCCUGGAACCCCGGGCCCGCUUCUAUUCUGCAGAGGUGGCUAGUGCUAUUGGCUACUUGCACUCUCAAAAUAUCAUUUACAGAGACUUAAAGCCUGAAAACAUUCUCCUUGACAGCCAGGGUCAUGUUGUUCUGACUGAUUUUGGUCUCUGCAAAGAGGGGAUGGAGCCAGAAGAGACCACAUGUACCUUCUGUGGGACUCCUGAGUACCUGGCCCCUGAGGUCCUGAGGAAACAACCUUAUGAUCGUACCGUGGACUGGUGGUGUUUGGGCGCUGUCUUGUAUGAGAUGCUCUAUGGACUGCCUCCGUUUUACAGCCGGGAUGUUUCCCAAAUGUAUGACAACAUCCUAACCCAGCCGCUGCAACUCCCGGGAGGAAAGACAACCGCCACCUGUGACAUCCUCCAGGGUCUUCUGCACAAGGAUCAACAUUGCCGAUUGGGUGCCAAGUCUGACUUUAUGGAGAUCAAGAAUCAUGUCUUCUUCAGUCCCAUUAACUGGGAUGAUCUGUACCAUAAGAGGAUUCCCCCACCUUAUAACCCCAACGUGGCUGGUCCAGCUGAUCUGCGUCACUUUGAUCCAGAAUUUACGCAGGAGGCCGUGCCAAAUUCUGUGAGCCGCACACCCGAACUGACCCUCAGCAGUUCCAGUUGCUCCAAUGCUUUUUAUGGCUUUUUCCUAUGCGCAAAGUGA